UCCUAAAAUGCCGCUAAAGUCAUGCGGGAUUUGAAAAAAGUAACAACUUGUAUUAGUUAUAUUCUCUUAAAGGUUAUGUUGUGGCAAUAAAAAAUUAUGCUAAAUAAAAAUUAGUGCACACAUAUAGAUUAUUUAAAUUGUUCAAAUUAUAAAAUAACCAUAACCAACUUGUUUGCACAAUAUCAUAUAUUUUAAAACUUGAGAAAUGUUGAAUAGCAUUAAACAUUUACUAAAAUACAAUCCAAGUAAAUUGGGAUGUCAGUUGUUGGCGCGCUACUCAGCUGAGACAACAGUUAAAACUACUCUAAUUCAACAAGAAUGCACGCGAGAUACUUAUCUACAAGCGCCAUGUGGACAGCCAACUUCAAUAACUCAUCCUCACUUGUUAAAACAUGGAGAAGUGGUCCCGGGUAUAUCACUUCAGGAACUUAAAAGAAGACGUUCUAAAUUAGUAGAAAACAUUUCAGUAAACUCCCACACCAUGAAUAGACAACAUAUUGUUGUCAUACCUGCAGCAACUAAAGUCUAUAUGUCUGACAAAAUACCAUAUGUCUUUCGGCAAAAUACAGACUUCUUAUAUUUCUCUGGAUGUCAAGAACCAGACAGUGUCUUAGUGCUUGUACUUAAGGAAAACAACUCUUCAUUUACUUUGUUUGUAAGAGCAAAGGAUGAACAUUCGGAACUGUGGGAUGGACCAAGAACAAGUGUAGAAAUGGCGACUCAAAUAUUUGGUACAGAUCAUGCAUUGCCACUAACAGAGAUCGAACGGUUCCUAACUUCGCUCAUACAAGAGGACAGAAAAAGCAUCUUAUGGUAUGAUCAUGCUGAUGUUCUUCAACCUAUCUUACACAAAAAACUGUGUCAAUUGAUCAAAAUGACAGACACUCAAAUAUUUGCUUCCCCCAAGAACUUAUUUCAUCGAAUUCGCUUGAUCAAGAGCGAUUGCGAAAUUGAUUUAAUGCGACAAAGUUGCCAAAUAGCCUCAGAUUCAAUUGUAAAAACGAUUCAAAUCUCAAAACCAGGGAUGAACGAGCAUCAGUUAUUCGCUACUGUAGAUUACGAAUGUCGUAUGCGCGGGGCUGAAUACUUGGCGUAUCCGCCUGUUGUAGCGGCAGGAAAAAAUGCAAACAUAAUACAUUAUAUCAACAACAAUCAGAUCAUUCAAAACGGUGAUUUAGUUUUGAUGGAUGCAGGCUGCGAAUUUCAUGGUUACUCGUCCGAUAUAACGCGAACGUGGCCGAUUAACGGCAAAUUUACGCCAGAACAAAAAGUUCUGUAUGAAAUAGUGCUCGAUGUGCAGAAACGUUUAAUCGAAAGCUUGACAGAAAUGCCGUCAUUGGACGACGUAUUUCGUCGUAUGUGUCUUCUUCUGGGAGAAAGAUUACAAGAAAUCGACUUGAUACCGAAGAAAAUAGGGAAAGAUCAAUUAUUUGAGGCCGCGUACGCAUACUGUCCGCAUCACGUCAGUCAUUAUUUAGGAAUGGAUGUGCACGACACAGGAAAGAUAUCCAGAAGUAUAAGAACACAACCUGGCAUGAUAAUAACUAUAGAACCUGGUGUAUACAUCAGCUCAAAAAUGACUUCCGUACCGUCACACUUUCGUGGCUUGGGGAUUCGUAUAGAAGAUGAUAUCUUGGUCACGGCGAGUGGUCCAGAAGUUUUAACGAAACAUUGCCCAAAGGCAGUAGCGGAAAUUGAAAAUUUGGCGAGCCAAAAUCAAGAACGAUGAUCGUGUGCGUAAUUUUGCACAACUGCAAAUUCGAGCCAAUAUUUCUUUACAAUGCUUUAUACAUCGAUGUUUUUUAUCAACACAAUUUGUAUGGCGCAAUAGAAAAAUUUUAUAUUUUAAAUUGGAAUAUUGAAGUUCGUGAACUCUAAGAUAAGAUCAUAUCGCAAGCUGUAUUUUUCCACUAGACCACCAGCAGAGAAGUAUAAGAAGAUCACGCUCGAAAUUUGUAACUAUCAUGUUACAACAUAAACAUGGAGAAAAACCACGUUUUUCGAACUUUACUUGGUUUAGAUAAUAUGACCACGCAGAUAAGUCCACUUGAGAAGGAAAUACACUUCUGCUGUUAUUGUGUUGUCAAUGAUUGUAGUAAUCUGCCCUUGAUCUACAUGCGCGCGUAUACAUAUAUAUAGUACAUGUGUGACCAUAUUUUAUAUAAAAUAAAA